AUAAUAGAUUCAAAUCUUAAAUCUUUAUAGUAGCUACAUAUUGUAUUUCGUAUUUCGUAUUUCGUACUACCUAUACUACUAAAAAAUAUUCAAGUGUUACUGCAUUGUCUGUAUUCAAUGAUUUAAGUCAUUUAAGACAAUAUAUAGAUGUUUAAAAAAUUGUAUUUGUGAUCCGACGAUUCGUACACCGCGUUUAAUGUUUUCUAGUGUUGUUGCCGAACCCAGACAUUAAUCAUGUUAUAUCUUGAUUUUAUUUUUUAAAUUUGAAGCCACGUACCCACAUGUCUUAUACCAUGUCUUUUUCAAUCAGUUCUACAUAUAUCUAGAUUUAUUUCUCAUGAUGGGAUACAGUUUUGUGUCAAAUACAUUGAUCAGUUGGAUAUGUGUAUCAUGUAUUAGUUCUACAUUAACAUUAAUAUGGCUACAUUAUGGAAAGAAAAGACCUAAAAAUUCUACCAAAGUACUGUUCUAUGAUCCUACUAUCAAAUCAACCAAUUGUAACUGUCGAUUUUCAUUUAAUAUCGACUGUUUAUCUGCAAAUUGUUCAAGCGUUAAAACCAAAGAAAUCAUUAUGUGUUUGCGAAAAGCAAAAAAGUCAAUGGAUAUAUGUGUAUUUGCUAUUUCUAAUAAGCCCAUUGCAAAUGAGAUUGUAGCUGCCCAUAAAAAAGGAAUAUUAAUAAGAAUUAUAGUUAGUAAUUGCAUUUUAGUACAGUCAAAUGAAAUUAAAAUGUUUAUGAAAAAUGGCAUUAAAUUAAAAUACCAAGAAAACUAUUCUAAUAGUUAUAUGCAUAAUAAAUUUGCUAUUAUCGACUCUACAUGGUUAAUUCAUGGUUCCAUGAAUUGGACACAUCAAGCUACUUAUGGCAAUUGGGAAAGUGUUAUAAUAACAGAUUUACCAAGUUUGAUAAUUCCAUUUUCCAUAGGUUUUGAAAAAACAUGGCAAAAAAAUAUUUUUAUUCCAUAAGAUAUGCUUAUUUUGAAUAUUAAAUCCGCGUUUAAUGUAAAUAAAACAUAUAUUUUAUA